AUGGCAUCGAGCUCGCAUUCCACACCGUGCGGCGCGCCGCACCCAGCUUCGCCGUCGCUCGACCCCUAUAGAGACCAAGCUGGAUUCUUGCCCUUGGUUCCUUGCCACAAGUGCGGAACCGUUUUCAUCGGGCGCGUGUCGCAGAAGCCUGGCAGCAAGGGGAAGAGGUUUUACAAGUGUCCACUGCUUGAGCAUACCGACUUUGCGUGUGGAGUGUACUACUUUAAGGAACAGUAUAUCAAUUACUUGGUCGCCAAAGGCGUUCUUCCUCGCGCUUGUAGUCAGGUUCGAGUUCAGGGUGCCAUGGCGCUCGAGGUGAUGAGGGAAGGCAAUGACAAGGAGAAGGCCUGCCAAGGAUUUGAUGGCUGCCAAGAUCUGUUGGAGACUGCAGUGAUUCAUCUCCAAGGUUCAGAGGCACUACUGAAGUCAGUACUUGAGAGCAACAAGAAAUUGUUGACCAACAUGAAUAAAAUUGGAGAGCGGCUGCUUGUAGUUGGUGAUGUAAUGGUUUUCAUUUUGGUGUUAGUUCUGUUAGUGUUGUUGGUCAAGUGA